AUGUACCGUUCUGAAUCUAAUAGCAGAUGCUUUCACAACUUUGAAUACAAUUUAAUUAAAUCCCUGGAUACUGUUAAGAAAAUAAAAAGCUAUGAGGAUAGCAUAUACAUACAUACAAAAUGUUGUGGAAAAGAAAUUACCAAAAAAAAAAUAUACAUAUCAGCUUUAAAUUAUGAUGAAUAUAUUUUAGUAAGAGGCAAUUUUCGUUUUCGCCUAAUAAAAGGAUUAGCUAUAUUUAAUGGGGAAAUUAUAAAACCAUCAAAGGAAUAUAUAAAUGUGCGCAUACCAGAUUUUUACCCUUUGUUUGAAUUGAGAGCAUUAAAUAUUAACAAUAUAAAAUAUGAAAAUAAUGCUUUUAAAUUUUGUACAUAUGAUUCAAAAAAUUUUAGUAACGAUGGCAAAAUUGAUUUUAGAGCAGGUCGUCAUAUUUCCCCAAAUAAUGUAGUAAAAAACAGUAAAAAAAUGAAUUUACAUAAAAUGGUUAUCUUGACCAAUCAUGAUGAUAUAAAUGUAAUAAACGAAAGGGUUGACAACACUGAUGAGAUGAAUAUUGAUAGUGAAAGCAAUGAAGGUGAAUGUUUAUACGAAUCAGCUGAUACAGUCUUACAAAAUUAUUUAUUUGGGUUAAAUUUAUUACAAGAAAAUAAUAUAAAAAGAAAAGAGUUUUAUGAAUAUUUAAUGAAUUCAGACAAAGAGGAUAUUGCCUCUUUCUCAAGCCCAUAUAUGAUGAAUACUAUAAAAUUAAGUUUAUACUUUGAAAAAUAUCCCGUAAUUAUUGUAUUUCAAAAAAAAAGAGAUUUUCUCUAUUACUUUUACAUUAAUAGUUAUCUAAAAAAGUUAAACCUGUCAAAUUAUAAGCAAAAUAUGAGUGUUUAUAUUAAUACGUACCAGAUGUCUUAUGUACUAAAAGAGUUUUUGCUUUACAUACAUAACAACAAAACGUAUAAAAUGCAAGAGAUUGUACAAAAUGUCGAAGGAAUUACCAAAAAGUGGAAUUACCGUAGCGGUGAUCUCAACAAAUUUGUACAUAAAAAGAUGAUUGAUGAAGCCAAUGCUGAUAAGGUUGACAACUGUUAUGGGAACAUAAUAGAAGGAGAAGACGGAACAAUGGGGAAAUGUAGAGCUUAUAUAUUUAGUAGUAGCUGUGAGAAGGAAGAGACAAAUUCAAGAAAAAGAGAAUUCUGGGAAAUUUUCAAAAAAACCAUGAUAAACAAAACAAUUUAUGAAGAUGAAUUUAGUAAUGAUGGAAAGUGUCCAGAAUAUUCAGAUAUAUUUAGUAUAACUAUAAUGGGAGAUAAAGGUAAGGGAAAAAGUUUUUUGGUUAUUAAUUUUAUAAAUAAUUUAUUAAAUUAUUACAACAGUGUUUUUUUGCUAGAUAUUGAUAUUGGACAGCCGAUCAUAGGGGUAAGCGGCUUUUUAUCCAUAUAUAAAAUAAAAUAUUCGUUACACAGUUAUAAUUUUUUUGAAAAGAAACCAAAAUGUAUUAAGAAAAUAUUUUUUGGAGGUUGCUCUAUCAAUGAAAAUAUAAAUUAUUUUAUUAAAUGUUUGGAAUAUCUAUAUAAUUUCUUAUUCUCUGUGUAUUUGAAAAAAAAAGAGGAGAAUAGAAAAAACAAUAAUUAUUGCUGUUAUCCAAUAGUUAUUAACACUUUUGGGUGGGUAAAAGAUAUUGGUUUAUUUUUGUUAAAUUUAAAUAUUUUGUUAAGCAAAUGUAAUUUUAUUGUUCAAAUCGAUUCUCUUAAAAUUAAUGAAAAUGUUAAAAAAAAUUUAAGUAAAGAAGAAUUUCAUUCAUAUGUGUUUAAUGAUUUUCUCCUGAUAAAGCAAGGUGAAAAAGAUAAAAAAAGCAAGUUUACCAUUUUGAAUUUGAACAAUAAAAACGUUUCUAUAACUGCUAAGGGACAUUCAAUUUUUAAUAUUAUAAGUGAGUAUAGUAACCUAAAUGAGAGUAAUUUUUUUUUCUACGAUUUUUCCAUGUCCUUUCGAAAGAAUGACAAAAAAGAAAAGGAAAAGGGAGGAAAGAGUAAACAAUAUUCUGCCCUGAACAUGUCAGGUAAUUUUUUAAGAAAUGACACAACUGAAAAAUAUUUGGGAGAAUUCAAAAAAUCGGACGACGGUAGGGGCAAAUUAAGAAACAGCGAUUUUAAUGGAUAUGGUGACAAUUACUGCAGUUAUGGUGAUACAUAUAACUAUAGGAACUGUAAUAGUUAUAAUAAUUAUGGGAGUUAUGACCGUUACGACCAUUAUAACGAUCGUAAUAAAUACGGAAGCUUCAAUAAUUACACGGAUCAUAGUAAUUAUAGCAUUCACAAUAGCUAUGACAACCACGGUAAUUAUACCAAGCACAAUAGUGCCCCUUACAUAUACCAUUUAAAUGAUAGGAGAAAUUUUAGCUUUUUCAGUAAUAAUCUUAACGACAUGAACAGUAGUAUUUAUCGUUUAAACAACAAUGUACAUAAAAUAAAAUACCUAAAUUUUAACUGGGACACGCUGUAUUAUAUUACAAAUAAUAGAGACAGGUGUAAUAAUAACAAAGGAGAUUUUAUGGAAAAUAAUUUUUAUCGUGAAAGAGGAAAAGCCUCUGAACCCAAAAAUGAUUAUGAUGUAGAAACAAAUAAAAAUAACUUGAAGAAUGGGAAUGAGUCUGAAAUGAAAGGCAUUGAAAAUUACGAUAUUUUUAAAAAGAAGAUGGAUAAUUUUUUUGAAAGGAACUGUAUGAGGAUAAUAAAUUUUGUGAGUUAUAAAAAAAUUUUAUCCUAUGAAAAUGUGAAUAAAAAUACUAACAUGAAUAAUAGUAAGACUAAAAUUUUCUCCUUAUUACCAAAAAAUUUAAGAUCAUAUAGAUUUUUUUGUCAUUUUUUUUCUAAAUUUAAGAAAAUAAUUUUUUAUAUUCACAGUUAUUCAUUUUAUGAUGGUCUAAAUGACUUUUUUUUAAAACAUGAAAAUUGUAUGAACAGGCAGAGAAUGCUGGUAUGUAACGAAUGGAACAAUUGGCAUUAUAGUAAUAACUUAUAUGAAGAAAAUAAUAUGAAUAACAUAGAAGGGAUACAAUUUAAUGGAAAUAAAUUAGAAGAAAGAUACAAGAAAAAGGAAUAUGAUGUUUUAUGUAUACGUGACGAUAUAUAUAAGGAUACAGAAGAGAGUAUUGUUGAUUUAAGACGAAAUAAAAAUGGCGUAACUAAUGAUGAUAUUAAAAAAUUAACUACAAAUUGUAAUCUACAAGUUAGAAAUAUUUUAAGUACAGAUAAAAGCGAAGAGACAAAAGAGGAAGUGCCUGAGCGUUCAGAUAAAAUUUACAAACGUUUAUGUAACAGCCUUUUAUUUACAUGUGCGAUAUUUUAUUUAAGAAAUGUUAAACUGAGCAAUAUUCAAUUUAAGAAUAAUAAUCCUGAAAUUUAUAAGAAUGAUGAUUUUUUUGCAUAUAAAUACUUCUUUAACAAUAUUAUAUGCUUAUGUAAUGAUAAUACAUUACCAAUAUGUGAUGAAAAAAAAGGAGCUAAUAAUAAUGAUGACGGUUAUAGUGAUGAUAAUAAUGAUGGUUAUCGGGAUAAUGAUAAAGAGGUUAAGUAUUACAUUGACCAUUUCCAAAUAGACGCCUAUUUUGAGAGCGUAAACUGCAUUAUUAAAAAGGAAGAUUUAAAAAAGAAUAAUGUAGAAUUAGUUCCAAUAUGCGAAUAUUUUACUCAUAUAUUAACAGCCUAUGUAAAACUUAUUGAUGAUAUGAAACUUAUAAUAUAUUUACCGUACUGGUUUAAUAAUUUCGAUUUACUUAAUAAUGUGAACACUUUUGUGUCUGGAACGAAUCUCAUACCUCAUAACAUAAAUGAUAUGAUCAAAAACUAUUCCUUCUACCAAGAUAUUGUAUGUACCAACGAUGUAAAAACGAUUAAGUUCCUAAAAAGGAGCAAGUCAUUUGUAGAUAAAGACUUAAAUAUACCAAAAUAA